UUACAUAUUCUUGUUUACAUUUAGUCAUUUACAGGUGUAACUAUGGCCAAGCAGUCACCCGAAUCAGCCAUGGAAGAGCUGAAGAAAUUUCUCAGAGAAAAAGAAGAUUUGAAGGAUGAGGCAACCGAAAAGAUCAUGAACCUAAUAGCUGAGCUGCAGGGAAAAGCAGAUGAUCUGCGUCCUAAUGAUCCUGCUGUUCAAAAGAUCAUAUCUGGCUUUUGUGACUUCAAAUUCAACACAUUCGACAAGAACCCAGAUCUGUUCAACGAACUCGCCAAAGGCCAAAGCCCCAAGUUUCUGGUGUUUGCAUGCUCAGACUCACGAGUGAGCCCCGAUCUGAUCCUAAACUUCCAACCAGGAGAAGCUUUCAUGGUCCGCAACAUUGCUAACAUGGUCCCUCCGUACGAGCUAAGGGACAACGGAGUUGGUGCAGUCCUUGAAUAUGGUAUCACGGCACUUGAGAUACCAAACAUUCUGGUGAUUGGGCACAGCAAGUGUGGCGGAAUCAAAAGGCUUAUGGAACAUCCAGAGGAUGGCUCUCCUCCCUUUGAAUUCAUAGACGAGUGGGUGAAAAUUGGUUUACCCGCCAAAGAUAAGGUGAAGAGCGAACACGACCCCGAUACGCCUAUGGAAGUCUUGUGCAAAUACUGUGAAAAGGAGUCGGUGAAUAACUCGUUGGCGAAUCUGCUGACAUAUCCAUAUGUGAAGAUGAACAAUUUGGCAUUGAUGGGAGGAUACUAUGACUUUGUGAAAGGACAGUUCAAGCUUUGGAAGUACCAUUCUCAUCACAGCACUGAACCCAUUAUUAUCCCUGCCCCAUUCCAACCCAUUUCUCUCUUAGAUUAAUGCCCAUUCACUUCAUCAACUUAUUGUGUGCCUUUUGAAUGGAGUAAUAUUUUACGGUUUGUAAUUUGUUUCCAAAUAAUCUGUUCAUGUCCGCUUUCGCUUUUGUACGUACCGUCCCAAAUUAAUGAAUAAAAUUGAUCCAUGUGGUUAUCUCUUAA